AUGAGCAUGAAUCAAGCCGAAGAUAGUCUAGCAUCAAUAUAUGGCACCAAUGAUAAUCAGACGCAAAAUCAAUUCAUACAUUUUCAGCCUCAAGAAGCAGUAGCACUUGAAGAGGAAUUGCAGAGAAAGAUCGAUCUGUCGAGACAGGAAACGAAACAUUUGUACAAUCAGAUUGAUAAAGUAAAAUCAAGAGCUCACGAUGCAAAUCUCUUAGAUAUGGCCAAAAGUGUUUCUCCCUUGAAAACUGAUAAAAUUAAUCUCACGCCGACACUGGUUCUCAAGGGCCAUAAUAAUAAAGUUUCAGACUUCCGUUGGAGUUCGGAUUCGAAGAGCAUCCUGAGCGCAAGUCAGGAUGGGUUUAUGCUGAUUUGGGACACUGAUACUGGGUUAAAGAAAAACGCCAUCCCUUUGGAUUCGCAAUGGGUACUUACGUGUGGCAUCUCACCAUCUGGAAAUCUAGCUGUAAGUGGAGGUCUGAACAACAAUUGUACCAUCUACAGAGUUCCGCGAGACAGUAAAGUGCAACAAAGUGUUGUUUCCAUAUUUAAGGGCCAUACUGGUUAUAUUUCAGAUACUGCAUUUACAGACAAUGCACAUGUAGUUACUGCUAGUGGUGAUAUGACUUGUGCAUAUUGGGAUAUUCCCAAGACAAAAAGGGUUAGAGAAUAUGCAGACCAUUUAGGUGAUGUUCUUUCUCUGUCGCUGCCACCGCCAAAUACUAACAGCAAUCUAUUUGCCAGUUGUGGGUCAGAUGGAUAUGCUUUUGUGUGGGACACUAGAUCGACAAAUGUGGCACAGACUUUCUUUAUUAGUGACAGUGAUGUGAAUGCAAUUCAAUUCUUCAAGGACGGUAAUUCUAUUGCAACCGGAAGUGAUGAUGGUGUAAUAAGGAUGCUUGAUCUUCGGGCUGAUUGUCCCGUAGCCACAUAUUCACUAGCCAAGUCAAUGAGAAAACCUAAAAGCCAGCCAACAUUUACCACAGGUUCUUCCCCCACCAAGCCAGGUUAUGAAGGUGAUAUCUCUCGGAAAACAAGUCACAAAAGUAUUAUUAGUCCCAGUUAUUUGGAUAAUCAAGGCGUGUCCUCUUUGGAUUUUAGCGGCUCCGGUAGAUUGAUGUAUGCGUGUUACACCGAUUUUGGAUGUGUCGUAUGGGACGUGUUGAAGGCAGGGAUUGUUGGUAAAUUAGAAGGUCACUCAAACAGAGAAUCAGGAGUUCGGGCAAGUCCAGAUGGUCUGGCCGUUUGUACAGGAUCAUGGGAUUCUACCAUGAAAAUUUGGUCGCCAGCUUAUAUUUGA